CACCAGCAAACAUUUUUAAAUCAGCUGAGGGAGAUCACCGGUAUCAAUGACAUCCAGGUACUGCAGCAGGCACUGAAGGACAGCAAUGGUAAUCUGGAGUUGGCCGUGGCUUUCCUCACUGCGAAGAAUGCCAAGGUUCCCCAGCUAGAGGAGGCAACUUACUACCAAACAGCCCUUCCUGGAAAUGACAGAUACAUCAGUGUGGGCAGCCAGGCAGACACCAAUGUGAUUGAUCUCACUGGAGAUGAUAAAGAUGAUCUUCAGAGGGCAAUUGCCUUGAGUUUGGAGGAAUCAAACAGGGCAUUCAGGGAGACUGGAAUAACAGAUGAGGAACAAGCCAUUAGCAGAGUUCUAGAAGCCAGUAUUGCAGAAAAUAAAGCAAGUUUAAAGAGGACUCAUCCAGAGGUAUGGAGUGACUCUCCAAACCCUUAUGAUCGGAAGCGGCAAGACAACUGUCCAGUAGGAUUAAAGAAUGUUGGCAACACGUGCUGGUUUAGUGCUGUCAUUCAGUCAUUAUUUAACCUACUGGAGUUUCGAAGACUAGUUUUGAAUUUCAAUCCUCCCGCAAAUGCUCAAGACUUGCCCCGAAACCAAAAGGAACAUAGGAAUCUGCCUUUCAUGCGUGAAUUGAGGUACCUAUUUGCACUUCUAGUUGGUUCGAAGAGAAAAUAUGUUGACCCAUCAAGAGCAGUUGAAAUCCUUAAGGAUGCUUUUAAAUCAAAUGAUUCCCAACAGCAAGACGUCAGUGAAUUCACACACAAAUUAUUAGAUUGGCUAGAAGAUGCCUUCCAAAUUAAAGCUGAAGAAGAGAGGGAUGGAGAGAAACCAAAGAACCCGAUGGUGGAAUUGUUUUAUGGACGAUUUCUAGCAGUAGGUGUACUUGAAGGUAAAAAAUUUGAAAACACAGAAAUGUUUGGCCAGUAUCCGCUACAGGUUAAUGGCUUUAAAGAUCUGCAUGAGUGCCUCGAAGCUGCAAUGAUUGAAGGGGAAAUUGAAUCCCUUCAUUCAGAAAACUCUGCCAAGUCUGGUCAGGAGCACUGGUUCACGGAGCUUCCUCCUGUCUUAACUUUUGAGCUGUCAAGAUUUGAGUUUAAUCAGGCUUUGGGGAGACCAGAGAAGAUACACAACAAAUUAGAAUUUCCUCCAAUUUUGUAUCUAGACAGGUAUAUGCACAAAAACAGAGAAAUAACAAGAAUUAAACGAGAUGAAAUCAAGAGACUGAAAGAGUACCUCACAGUUUUACAACAGAGAUUAGAACGAUAUUUAAGCUAUGGUUCUGGUCCUAAACGAUUCCCCUUGGUAGAUGUCCUGCAGUACGCCUUGGAGUUCGCCUCCAGCAAGCCGGUGUGCACAUCUCCCGUCGAUGACCUGGGUGCAAGUGCCCCUGCGAGCGGCACGGUGCCAGCCCAGACCUCACCCAGCACAAUAGAGCAGCAGGGGCCUUCCUCUUCAGAUGUUCCAAGCACAUCUCCUGUACAAAGAUCAGUAAUACAUAAACCAUUCACGCAAUCACGAAUUCCUCCUGAUCUCCCGAUGCAUCCGGCACCAAGGCACAUCACUGAGGAGGAGCUGUCUGUCCUGGAAGGCUGUUUGCAUCGCUGGAGGACCGAAGUAGAGAAUGACACUAGAGAUUUACAAGAAAGUAUAUCUAGAAUACACCGGACAAUUGAAUUGAUGUACUCUGACAAAACAAUGGUCCAAGUUCCUUAUAGGUUACAUGCUGUGCUAGUUCAUGAGGGUCAAGCAAAUGCAGGACACUACUGGGCGUAUAUUUAUGACCACCACCAGAACAGAUGGAUGAAAUACAAUGACAUUUCUGUGACAAAGUCAACGUGGGAAGAGUUGGAACGGGACUCCUUUGGUGGUUACAGGAAUGCCAGUGCAUAUUGUUUAAUGUAUAUCAAUGAUAAGGAACAAUACUUGAUACAAGAGGAGUUUAACAAAGAAACGGGGCAAAUGCUUGUUGGAAUGGACACGCUACCUUCUGAUCUAAGGGAUUAUGUCAAGGAAGACAAUAAACGUUUUGAAAAAGAACUUGAAGAGUGGGAUGCAGAACUUGCUCAGAAAGCACAGCAGGAGAAGUUGUUAUCUCAGAUACCCAGGGCACCAGCACCCUCACCUGCUCCAGUUCAAGCAGGAGAACCAGAAUAUUUAGAGCAGCCAUCAAGAACUGAUAUUUCAAAGCACUUAAAAGAAGAUUCUGUACAAGCAAUCAAUAAAGCUUUAGCUGAACAAGAAGAUAGAGGUCCAGAAGCUAUAAUGGAUACGAGCUCUGAUAAUGCCCCAGCUCCACCAGCUCCUAACCAGCGAGUUGUAGAGGUGGCGAUUCCCGAUGUAGGGACUUUUGUGAUUGAGUCAGAGGAGGGGGGUUAUGACGAUGAGGUCAUGCUGACCCCGAACAUGCAAGGUAUUAUCAUGGCUAUAGGUAAAGCCAGGAAUGUUUAUGACAGGUGUGGGCCAGAAGCAGGGUUCUUUAAGGCAAUUAAAUUGGAAUACACGCGUUUGCUAAAAUUAGCCCAGGAAGAUCCACCACCUGAAUGUGAUUAUCGUCUGCGUCAUGCAAUUGUUUACUUCAUCCAAAACCAGGCACCAAAGAAGAUAAUUGAGAGAACAUUACUGGAACAGUUUGGAGAUCACAAUCUGAGCUUUGAUGAAAGGUGCCGUAACAUAAUGAAGGUUGCUCAAGCCAAACUUGAAAUGAUAAAGCCAGAUGAAGUAAACAUGGAGGAAUACGAGAGAUGGCAUCAAGACUACAGACAUUUCAGGGAAACAACCAUGUUUCUCAUGGUGGGAUUGGAGUUUUUCCAAAAAAAGAGCUAUAUGGAAGCCUUGCUCUACCUUAUCUAUGCUUACCAGAAUAACAAAGAACUCCUGUCCAAAGGCCCGUACAGAGGGCAUGAUGAAGAGCUGAUAUCUCACUACAGACGAGAAUGUUUGCUAAAACUAAACGAACAUGCUGCAGCACUGUUUGAAUCGGGAGAUGAUCAGGAAGUGAAUAAUGGCCUGAUCAUCAUGAAUGAGCUUAUUGUCCCCUGUUUGCCAUUACUACUGGUGGAUGAAAUGGAAGAGAAAGAUAUUGUUGCUGUGGAAGAUAUGAGAAACCGUUGGUGUUCCUAUCUCGGACAAGAAAUGGAACCCAACUUGCAAGAAAAGCUGACAGAUUUCCUGCCAAAACUGCUAGAUUGUUCUACAGAGAUUAAAGGUUUCAAUGACCCGCCAAAGUUACCCUCCUACUCCACACAUGAACUGUGUGAAAGAUACGCCCGAAUCAUGUUGUCACUCAGUCGAACUCCAGCCGAUGGGAGAUAAAUUCUGCGACCUUCCUAAGCACAUUGUAUAAACUUUUUUAGUUCUUAAACCUUGCCUUCCUGUCACAGGGUUUGCUUGUUGCUGCUAUAGUUUUUAACUUUUUUAUUUUAAUAACUGCAAAAGAGAAAUGACUGUCCAAACUUUAGCCAGACUGCAAACGAUUAAAGCUGAGAAUCGCAUGGCACUCAGUCGUUUCAACCAGAAUUGAUGCAACAUGCAAGUCUGAUCAUUAUGGCAAAACUGCUUUUUUGCCAUUUAUCUGUUACAGUAUUACUUUGCUUUUAUCUUAAGAUCCUUUACUUUAUCAACAGCUGUCUGGAUCAUUUUGUGACUGCAACUACUUUAAGUGUCCAGUGCUGUGUAAAUACAUGGUACUUGGUAGCUUGUAAAUGAAAUGAAAGAAUAAAGUUUUAUUUAUGGCUACUUCUGUGUUUGCAAGCAGAUACCUUGUAUAUUAUUGUAAAAUACGGAUAUUUUUAGAAGAAAUAUGGUAUAUUGAUGGGUUACUCAAUUUUAUAGACAAGGUUCUUCAGGAUUUAUGGCCAGUUUAGAUACAGGUAGUCGGAGAUUACUGUAUGUGAAUAUAUUGAAAAACUGUCACAGUAUUAUACACUAUGGUUUUUUGUAUAUUCUUCACUGAUCUGUAUGAUACUGCACCUGAACACUUUUCUCUGUGUGAAUGGCCAUGCCGAGUCUUUUCUAACAGUAAGGACUGGCUUCUGAAGCAAAACAAUAAUGGCACCUUCCUUCUAUUCUCAAAAAAAAAAUUAGAGUAAAAAAAUUAAAAGUAUUUUCAGUAGAUAUAUAUUACACCCUCUGAGCAAAAUUUCUAGAAAUUGAUUAAAGUAGAGAAUAUAAAGGUUUUAAAAAAUGGAAUUUAUUAAGCUUAAGGAUUAAUCAAUUUUUAAUUGGUAUUUUAGUCAUGUAAAUGACCAAAAAUAAAACCUUAACGUUAAUUCCUUACUUGAAAUGGGUUGCUAUUGUUGCAACAAAAUAUCUCAGAAAUCUUUUAUCUGUCCUAACUGAAUUUCUAUUGGAAGUGAAAAAAAAAAAUCUAUUGGGCUUCUUUUGUAGAAAUUAAAUACUGUCUGGUUUUAAUGAAGAAACUUAAUUAUUUUGUGGAAAAAGAGAUUUAAUGCGUCUGAGGUAAUCCUGUUACCUGACACUAUUUUGAUUCCUACUCUUUAUAGAGAACGUUUUGUGUUAGAUCAGUAAAAUAUGUGAAUAUUUAUUUGUAUGUUUUUAUUGGAGCGACACAUCUUUUCCUUACAGGCUUUCAAGAAUGGUGUUUAUUUGAAUAUCUACUAAUAAAAGGCCACAGAGGAAGGGAAGGACCACCUAGAAAUGCAGUGGGCAUAAAUGUAGGCACCUCAUGUGCAAGAAAUGGCAGAGUUCACCCUUAGCGCAUAUCAGUCUUAGAAGCAGUUCACUCUUGAGAGACAGUGGAUCACAAUAUAUAGUGACUGGAGUGUGGCCUUCAAUUCAAAUUAUGUUUAGGGAUGUUCUCUUCUGUUUUCAGUACGGCAGUGCUUCAAGCUUUUUCAGACUGUCCAUUUACUUCAUCAAAUUCUUUUUUUCGAAAAGAAUAUUGAACUUUUAAAAGUGAAAUACUGCUCAGGAGCCUUUUUUUCAGGUCUGAAACUAUUGAUGUGCAAAAUAUCACUCGUCAAGGAAAAGGUAUGCUUAUUAUGAAAUGGUAGAGAGGAUAAAUUUUAAAAGGUUUUACAUUUUGCACCUGUUCCACUUUGAUCUGAAACUCAAGAAUAUUCCUCCUUAGCACUGUGUACUCUUAAACAACCUCUUGAACAGAUCAGACUUCUCACUUGCCUUUUUCAAUAAUAGUAAAAAGAAUUAAAUGUAAAA